GGAGAAAUUUGCAAAUCCAUAGACGAGAGGGAAUAGUUGUGAAACUUUUGGCGGUGUGCUCGCUCAGGAGAGAGACACAGACCCUCCCUCGCUCGCUGCUUAGCGCCAAUCCAGUGACCUAUGUCCAAGAAAACGCUCCGAGCAGAGCUAGCCAUCCUAGAGAAACACUUUCCGCAAGAUGAGGGCAGUUUCCAGAUAGUCCGCGCCAACCCGGAGGAGUUGGUGUGCUGUUUUGUGGACUCAGCCGGCCACAAGUACACCAUCCAGUGCAGUAUAUCACCUAGCUACCCCGUGGUUCUGCCCGUCUGGUACACGGAAGCUAGCGAGUCGUUCAUCAUUUCACUAGUAGAGGAACUGAAUGUUUCAGACGGAGCCAGCUCUGGAGCUAGUCACCCGCUGCUGGCGAAGGUGCAACUGGUGUGUAAGAGACUUUGCACUGUUCUCAACACACCAGUUCCCAAGGUGAUAGCCGAGCUAUUCAGUCUCGCCUCUUCCAUGGAGGUGGAUGAAAGUGACUCGGAUGAAAUGCAGCAUGACUUUGGUUCAGGAGAGGAAGACGAGGGUGAGGAGGGGGGAGAUGAAGAGGAGGAAGAGGAAGAUUACGGUGAUGACGAGAUGUUUGUUGAGGACUUGGACCUACAACAGAGUGAUCAGGAGGACAUUGGAGGUGACUCAGGAAUCACAGACGAGCACAAGGCUAUUCUGGAGAAGGUUCGACUCAACACGAGACAGGACUACCUGCAGGGGGCCACGUCAGGUUCAGUCAGAGCAACUGACCGUCUCAUGAGGGAACUCCAGGAUAUCUACCGCUCCAAGAACUUCAAGGAUGGACUGUACACAGUGGAGCUCAUAGAUGACUGUCUGUACAGCUGGAACAUCAAACUGUUCAGGUUAUUGCAGACACAAGAUGUCGAGAAACAGAAUGAGCAUUGUUUGAGUUUGCAUUUUCGUGCCACCAGUUUAUGCACUAGUAGAGUGUUAGUGUCUCUAGUGUUCCACUCAGGGUUGAUUCAGACAGCCCGCUCAUGGAGGAUAUCAAGAAACUGAAGGAGACCGAUGGACAGGACCACAUCCUACUCCAUGUCGUGUUUGAUGACAAGUUUCCAUACAGUCCUCCGUUCAUAAGAGUGGUGAAGCCGGUGCUCUCCGGGGGCUAUGUUCUGGCAGGUGGGGCCAUCUGCAUGGAGCUCCUGACACCGCAGGUAAUUGGACAGACUGCUACAGCUGCUGAUUGGAUACUUGGCUGUGUUUCAGGGCUGGAGCAGUGCAUACACACUGGAGGCAGUGGUGAUGCAGAUCAGCGCCACCCUGGUGAAGGGAAAGGCAAGGAUAGCCUUCACCCAGACCAAGGUAAGACGUUCUCUCUCUCUCUCACCUCUGUCUGUAUGUAACUCUUCCUCUGCACAGGGAGAGUCCUACACACUGUCUAAGGCUCAACAUGCAUACAAGUCACUGGUCAAGAUCCAUGAAAAGAGUGGUUGGUUUACCCCUCCCAAGGAAGAGGGCUAAGCUCCACCCACUCUCAAAUGAUCAACUCUCCUCUUCACCUCAUCUCAGAUCAAGUUUUGUAUUUUUCUUUUGAUUUCCGUUCACCUGUCAAUUGAAAGCGCUAUUAUAUAUUAUUAUUCUUUCCUUACGUUAUCUGCUGCACAAUAUGUUGUGUCUAUGAUCAAUUUUUGUUCAACAAACAUUCUCUCGUUAACUAAACAUUGUACAAUUGUACAAGUCUUUCAGUUUGGUGGCGAAUAAUCAACUGACAGCAACGAACAGCUUCCUCGACA